AUGGGGAACCGCAGCGCGGCGGACGCGGACAGGCUGCUGGAGGGGCGCGGGCCGGGAACCGGCGGCGGCGCGGGAACUCCCGCGGCGGCGGCGGCGGCGGCGCUGGCGGGGGGCGUGCUGCUCAUCGGCGCGGUGCUCGCGGGGAAUGCGCUCGUGUGCGUCAGCGUGGCGGCCGAGCGAGCCCUGCAGACGCCCACCAACUACUUCAUCGUGAGCCUGGCAGCCGCCGACCUACUACUCGCCCUGCUCGUGCUGCCUCUCUUCGUCUACUCCGAGGUCCAGGGCGGCGUGUGGCUGUUCAGCCCCGGCCUCUGCGAUGCGCUCAUGGCCAUGGACGUCAUGCUGUGCACCGCCUCCAUCUUCAACUUGUGCGCUAUCAGCGUGGACAGGUUCGUGGCCGUGGCCGUGCCGCUGAGCUACAACCGUCAGAGCGGCGGCGGGCGCCAGCCGCUGUUCAUCGGCGCCACAUGGCUGCUGUCGGCGGCGGUGGCGGCGCCCGUGCUGUGCGGCCUCAACGACGCGCGCGGCCGCGACCCCGCCGUGUGCCGCCUGGAGAACCGCGACUACGUGGUCUACUCGUCCGUGUGCUCCUUCUUCCUGCCCUGCCCGCUCAUGCUGCUGCUCUACUGGGCCACGUUCCGGGGCCUGCGGCGCUGGGAGGCCGCCCGUCGCGCCAAGCUGCACGGCCGGCCGCCGCGCCGGCCCAGCGGCCCCGGCCCGCCGCCCCCCGAGGCCACCGAGACCCCCGAGGCCAUUCCGCCCCCCGAGGCCGUUGCGCCCCCCGACGCCAUCCCGGCCGAGCCCCCGCUGCAGGGAAGCAAAAGGAGGCGCGCCAAGAUUACCGGCCGGGAGCGCAAGGCCAUGAGGGUCCUGCCUGUGGUGGUCGGGGCCUUCCUGGUGUGCUGGACCCCCUUCUUUGUGGUGCACAUCACCCGGGCGCUGUGUCCCGCCUGCGCCGUGCCUCCGCAGCUGGUCAGCGCGGUCACCUGGCUGGGCUAUGUCAACAGCGCCCUCAACCCCCUCAUCUACACUGUCUUCAACGCCGAGUUCCGCACGGUGUUCCGCAAGGCCCUUCGCCUCUGCUGCUGA